GGAAGGAGGAGAGAAGGUUGAAGCGAGAAAUGGCGAAUUCUAUUUACAGGGCUUCGAUUCUUCAAUCUCAGUUGCUUUUCCGACCCAGUUUAUCAAAUAAACAUACUGUUCCGAAGAAGAGUAAGUUGCUCUGUUUUGCUUCAUCACAACUCAAUCCUAUCCGGUCAGAAAUGAGUUUUUGUACUGGAACUAACCUCAUUCCUCAUCCAAACAAGGUGGAGAAAGGAGGAGAAGAUGCUUUCUUUGUUAGCAACUUCAACGGGGGAGUUAUUGCGGUUGCUGAUGGUGUUUCCGGUUGGGCUGAACGAAAUGUGGAUCCUUCAUUAUUUUCCAAGGAGCUAAUGGCUAAUGCUUCCUCUCUUGUAGGAGAUUUAGAGCAGGUUAAUUACGAUCCCAGGAUCCUCAUAAGGAAAGCACAUGCUGCUACUUCCUCUAAAGGAUCGGCUACUGCUAUCGUUGCGAUGCUUGAGAGGAAUGGAACAAUGAAGGUUGCCAGUGUAGGUGACUGUGGAUUAAGAGUUAUCCGCAAAGUUAUUACAGGGCAGAUAAUCUUUUCUACGACCCCACAAGAACACUACUUCGACUGCCCAUAUCAAUUGAGCUCGGAGUUAAUUGGCCAAACGUAUCUUGAUGCCGUGGUUAGCAGUGUGGAAUUAGUGGAAGGAGACACCAUAGUUAUGGGCUCCGAUGGGCUCUUUGACAAUGUUUUCGAUAGAGAAAUCAUUUCCACGUUGGCCAUACAUAGCGAUGUAGUGGACGCUGCAAAGGCAUUGGCUAACCUGGCAAGCAAUCACUCCAUGGAUUCAAGGUUCGAGUCUCCCUACUCAUUAGAGGCCAGAUCCAAGGGUUUUGAUGUUCCUUUUUGGAAGAAAAUCCUGGGGAUGAAGCUAACAGGUGGAAAGCUAGAUGAUAUCACUGUGAUUGUUGGUAAGGUUGUAACUUUACCUGCCGCUGCUAGCUCGAACCAGGUUCAGAUGACAGGAAUGAUGGAGGAGGCUGGUUCCGGUGACACUAGGGGUUUACUUUAGACAAGAGGAUGCAAUUAACAUCCACGUACCUUGCCUUACCUGCCAUUAUUGGAUUACGGCUAUGUUCAUUGAGAAAUCAACCUGUUUUACCAUUUUUGGCAACUACUAUGAUCGUUAAUGUACAAAAGAUCUCAUGUCACUCAACUCAAGAUGUUGAAAAUGCCCACACAUCAACAUAUCGUACUUGAUGUAGA